AUGGGUUUUGAGAAGAGGAGGACGUUCAUUUUGUGUCUUGCACUAGUCUUUGGCGUGGGAUUGCAAACAUUGUGGUCUGCUGCCGGGCUGGAAGCUUUCUCGUCCGCACCGGCACCUUUUGGAGUGAGGAAUCCCUUUUUCGAUGUUUCUGAGAACAUUAUAGAGGAACAGGAUACACAAAAAACACCCCGGGAAGUGCAAGGCGCCCACAAAGGCAGAGUCUGGCGGAAACUGGCGGUACUUGUGGCCCUGGGUAUAUCAGUUGCAGUGGCAUUUCAGUUCCACCGACGGGCCUUAGGCUCCCUUUUUAAACCCCGGGAGGGAUCGGCUUCUACUCCCAAGGAUGAUUCACGAAGCGAUGAACGACUGGAGAAGGUCAGAGGCUUGGUUGCGACUGCCUCAAUGAUAGCUGAGGCAAUAGAUAGUCCAGAGGCCACCGAACAGAUGGACAGAUUGCAGGAAGAUUUAGCCAAAGCUGAUAUGUUGCAGCGCGAAGGGGGGAAUGCAGAGGAGGUGGAAGCGUAUCUUAUCGAUGCGAUUGAUUGCGUACAAGCGCUGCACGGACAGGUAAUAGAAGGCGCUGAUGAGAUCGUAGAGCAGAGCAAAGUUGUUUCGCUCUCUCCACUCUUGGACGCGAAGGAGCCGAAUCCGAUUGCGGAAAUGCAGUCUUUGGAGAGCUUCCACGAAACCGCAGUGAGACCAUAUUUGAAAUCAUUGUCUUCAGUGUACAAGAUUUCAGAAGCUCUCUCUUCAAGUGCAAAAGCAGUUCAUGGGGAGCUGACGAAAACCGAUGCGGCUGCACAGGACGACGAUCUCCGGCAGCUACAGUCUACAGCCGCUAGGAUUAGUUCUUUGUUUUCCACUGUGGAAGUGCAGAAGCACGUGGAACAGCUUGCGAAGGGUUUGGUGAGCGGCUCCGCUAACGGCUUAAAGGUGACGAUGCUUGCGGAGAGAGAGGCCAAACGUUUCCGUUUUCAGGUGGGCAUCGAUAUAGCACGCCUUCAUCUGAAUCAAAGCAGAAUUGCACUAGAGAAUACUCCAGAUUCUGCGAAGGAAGACGCUUCCUGGAAGGAGAAGGCGGCGAUUCUGAGUAGUGUUGAGGAGGAGCUGCAGGACAUCUCCGGCAAGGUUUCCGAGCUGUUGGAGCCUGCCAAAAGAUUGCGAACAUCUCAUUCACUGCGGGAUAUGCUUGCUGUUUGCUCCGAGAGUCAAGAUACCGAGGAUGAGGUUUCUGCAGAUCUUGACAGGAUAGUGGGGAUGCUCAGUGAAUUCGAACCAAAGACUGAGGAGCUAGGCGAGGAGAGCAAGCAGGCCAUGAAUGAAGCGGUUGAAAAAUACCGCCAAUUUGUUGCUGGUAAACAUGAAGUCACGAAGAAUGCCUGUGAGGAUGUCGAAAGGAGAGUUGAAGGUGUCAUAAUUAAGGGCAAACUACCUUCUGCGACAGCAAUGCAAAGGCAGCAUGCUCGCGUUGCCGAACACGUCCGCAGUAAAAUGAACCAAGCAAUGGAGUUGUCUGACGAAGAAAUGCGUUACGCCGAAUCUGCACUCCUCGAAUUGCAAACGGUGGAUAAGCUGUCGACUGCUGCACAGGCGCUGGAGGGACUCAAGGUUAUCGGGAAUUCUAUAAUCCACCAGAAGGAAGAGUCUCUCCUGGAGUUGCUGAACGUACAUCUCAUAAGUAUUUUACAGCAGGACAUUGUUUAUAUUGCAAAGGAGGAGGAUGCCAUAGUAUCAGACCCUAGAUACCUGGAUGUUAACCAGGAAAAGAUGCAGGCGUUGCACAGCAACUUCAGAGCAGCCCUGGAAGAAGCUGAGUCGUCAGGGACAAUUCAGGAGAUGGCAGAGGCAGCUGCAGCGAUGCGCGCCUACUACACUCAAAUAAAAGGGUUGUUUUGUUGA